UCAAGCGUUGGCUCCGGGAACACGAAGCCGCGACGACAAAGGGUGAGCCCUGCCUCCCGCCCUCGCGAUGGGGCAGCGCUCGGACUGACGUGGUAGGAGAGUCGCCGCGCCCCUCCGGUGCCGCGGGGCCUCUCCGGACGGACCAGCCUUCACCCCCUUCGCCCCCGGGCUGGGAGGGUCGCCAGGCCCCGCUGCAGGCCGCGUGGGCCCAGGGAGGGGAAGGGAUCUGAAGCCUCGAGAAGGGUCCAGCUUCCGCCCCAGACCUUCGGGCCUCCUCCGGCCUCGCACCUCGCACCUCGCACGCCUCCGGCCACGUCCUCAGGCCUCUAGCCUACAGCCACUACUCCAGAGCGGCCCAGUGGACUUGGGACUCCAGGUGCCCAGCUGGACAGAGGCCCCGCCUGGGGCAGGCUGGGUCACUCAGUAAAUCUCAAAAGAGAUCAAAAACCACAGUUAAUCUUGGACCCGCUCAUGGCUGAACAGACUGGUGUGGGAAAAGGAAACUGAAACCACAACUGGAAACUAAAUCGGAGGGGGCAGUUUGGCCCGACCAAGCAGAGCCCCCGGCAGCCACUUGCUUCCACAAUCCAAAAUCGCCACCAUACCCCAGCCUGACUCCACGAUCUCAGGACGGACCUCACCAAGAUAUAAUCUGCUGAAAAUUCUGGCCUUAAAAGAGCUGAGUCUGGGCUGCAGCAGCUGGAGCGGAGCACCUGUCAAGAGUGGAGAGGCCCCAACCAAGCCAUGGGGUUCGUGAAGGUGAAGAAACUGAGCGGAGAGGAGUACACGGUGCCCCUGGCGGACACCCUGGGCGAGCUGCAGCGGCUGGUGGAGCGGCAGACGGGCGUGCCCGCCUUCCUGCAGCGCCUGGCCCUGCACCCAGAGGGAACGGUGCUGCAGGACGGGCAGAGCCUGGCUGGCCAGGGCCUGCGCCCCAACGCCGUCGUCCUGCUGGUGGUCGAGAACAACGUGGCGCGGAACAUCCUGGUGAGGAACACCCAGGGCCAGAGCGUGUCCUACGAUGUCCAGCUCACACAGACCGUGGCGGAGCUCAAGCAGCAAGUGUGCGAGAAGGAGCGGGUGCGGGCCGACCAGUUCUGGCUCGGUUUCCAGGGGAGACAGAUGGUGGACACGGAGCUGUUGGGGAAUUACGGCCUCACAAACCUCUGCACCGUGGACAUGAACCUGUACCUGCGCGGGGGCGCUGGGGGCGUGGCCUGAGACCCCAACACCGCAAUAAAGCUCCAAGGCUGC